CUUAGAUUUACCUUUGCCAUUUGUAAGGAAAAAACAAAAGAAAGCAGCUGAACAGUGAACGACCACUACGGUUAAAUGCUUGAUGACGAGUCAUUUUACAAUCCGACCAGUUCAGUGCAGAGAAUGAAAUUGUUGACGAUCUGAUUUUCAUGAACUUCCAGCAAAAUACUAUGACAGUUCCAGUAUGGCUGAUGGGGGUUUAAUGCUGCUUGGUUUGGUUGAGGAAGCUUACAGCAAGCAUGCCGACAGACAAGCUGUUCUGUAUGAUAAUGGGGACCAUCAGUCGAGCAUCUCUUACAAACAACUGUGGAGCAUUUCCAUACAGGUGAAGAAGUUGUUCACUGGGAGAGAGAAGGAAGUUGUAGGUUUAUGUCUAAAGAUAGAUCACCGCAUGCCAGCCAUUUUACUUGGGGUCCUUGGAUGUAAAGCGGUCUUCUACAACUUUGAUGUGAAGGGUUUUGUGUAUGCUAUGCAAGUGCUUAAAGAUGUUGGUGCCCAGGUUGUUUUGAUACACCAAGACUUUAUUCAGGCUGUACAGCAUUGCAUUGAAGCAGAAGAGGGUGUUUCCACUGGGCUCACUGUUCCUGGAUUAGAGGACUAUUUUUUAGUACAGUUUACAUCAGUUGUGAGAAAGAAACAUGUAAAUAGUCUGGCAUACUGUAUCACUACAUCAGGGACCACUGGCAAACCUAAAGUUGUUAUGGUUCCAAAUGAAUGUGUUGUACCUAACAUCCUUCAUUUGAGAGAACUGUUCUCCUUGAUGUCUGAUGACCUUGUUCUGGCAGCGACAGCUUUGACCUUUGACCCUAGUAUUGUAGAGAUAUUUAUGGCACUAAGUGUGGGUGCGUGUCUGUUGAUAGUACCUCCAGCAGUGAAAAUGAUGCCUGAUCGGUUGUUGGAGAUGAUUCACGGGAGGAAUAAAGUUACUGUCAUUCAGGUAACACCAACAUUGAUGUCCAGAUUUAAUGCCAGUAAGUCAUCCCAGACCAUCCUGGGAGAUAACUCUGUGAUGAGAGUUGUUGCCCUUGGUGGAGAGAAGUUCCCAUCAUGCUCCUGGUUACAGUCUAUAAAGUCGCCUAGCAACAAGACUUGUUUCUACAAUCUGUAUGGUACAACAGAGGUCUCCUGCUGGGCAACUUACUGUGAAGUUACAGAGGGAGACUUGAGGAGAUCAGCAGAAAUUUCUCUUGGCCAUCCUCUGCAGGGUACAGUGGUAGAAGUCUGUGAUGAUACAGGAAAUAUUGUUACUGAAGGACAGGGCAGGCUAUGGAUGGGUGGAAAGAGUAGGCAGUGUAUAAUAGAUGCAAGUGAGGAGCUGAAUUUUGAUAAGCUCGUACUGAGAGAUACUGGUGAUGAUGUCAGAGUAGAGGGGAACAGUCUGUACUAUAUUGGCAGGAGAGAUGAACAGAAAAAACGUAAUGGUCGGAGAAUUAAUCUGGAGGAAAUUAAAAUGGUGGGGAGGAGGAAAGUAAAUGUUCAUGACUGUGAGGUAAUGCUAAUAGGAGAUCAGCUGAUAAUGUUUGUUAUACUGUCACAACGCACAGCGAACACUGAUAUGGUCAGUGUAUAUAUGAAAGAGAACCUGCCGUCCCACUGGUGGCCAGAUAGUGUGAUACUUAUUGCAAACCUGCCAGUUACUGAACAUGGGAAGGUUGACAUGAAUGCUCUAGAGAACAUAUAUCAAGAAAGAUUAUGUAAUUAUGGUAGAACUAAUGCUAUCGAAUAUCUUAUGUCAGUGUGGAAGGAACUUACAAACAGAGCUGCAAGCAUACCAGAGGCCCAGAACUUCAUUCUAGCAGGUGGAGAUUCAUUGAAAGCUGUCAGACUUGCUAAUACUAUUGAAAACAUUCUGAAUGUGCAGCUGCCACAGCUAGUUGAUAUAGUGUUACAUCAAACAUUCAGUGAUGUUAGAAAAUAUUUGAUCUCCAUAGUGGGACAGGGAUCAGAACAGGUUGACAAAGAAAAAUCUGAGGGUUUGAAAGAUGAUCAAAUUGUUACUGAUGAAUUUAAUAAAGGGAAAAGUAUAAAUAAUUUUGAAAUUGAAAGAAAUACUAGUAGUACAUUAGAUGACUGUAAUCAAAAGUUAAUUACUACAAAGGAAAAGAUAAUGUAUAAAAGAAAAUUGGGUGAGGAUCAGACAUCGAAACAACUGACUAAAGUUUUAAAUGAUACACAGUUUACAGUUAGUAGAUGUAACAGACUUGACUACAUUAAUUGCACAGAGACAGUAUUUAUUCGUGGAAUGACUUGCAGAAAAAGAAAGGCUGCCUUUUCUGUAGCUGGAAAGAGAGACCAGUUGAAAGUAGUACAAGAGUGUUAUUUGAAAUUGGAAGAAAUGUGGAAAUACAACACAGGGAAAUGUGUAGAUGCAUCACCAUUGCUGGUUGUUAAAUCCAGUGGAGAGUUUAUUGUGAUGAUAGGAUCUCAUUCUCACAGAUUCUCUGCUAUAUGUGGCUCUACGGGAGAGAGGCUAUGGGAGACAACUCUUCCUGACAGAAUAGAGUCAUCUGUCUGUCUUAGUGCAUGUGGACACUUUGUUGUUGUUGGAUGUUAUGAUGGCAAUGUGUAUUGCCUCCAUGUUGAUACUGGGGACAUCUUGUGGCAGUUUGAGACUGGUUCCCAGGUAAAAUGUUCACCUGUAGUUGAUACUGAGACUGGACUGGUAUACAUUGGUUCCCAUAGUCAGACUGUGUACUGUUUGGAUGUUAAUGCACAUAGAGUGGUCUGGAAGAGACACUUACAGUCUGGCAGCAUAUUUUCAUCACCCAUUAUCAGUAAUGAUCCACAUCAGCUUUAUAUAGCAACACUUGGCGGGAAAAUGUUUGCUCUAAAUCCAAUAAAUGGAGAAGUACUAUGGGAGUACAGUUUCCACAAGCCAGUGUUCUCUUCCCCCGCCCUGACCCAGCAAGGUGUAUGUGUUGGUUGUACAGACAGAUGCCUGUAUCAUUUGAGCUUCAAUGGAACUUUGUUAUGGAAAUAUUCAACAGAUGGACAUAUAUUUUCGUCACCAUCUGUAUACAAACAUACACUAUCAGUUUCAAGAAAUGAUGGAACACAUUGUGUUGCCACAGACCAAACUGUAGACAAAAGUGAUAAAUUACAUUCUGGAAGCAUAGAAAAUAACAGAAAUUCAGAUACAAUCAGUAUUAGUGAAUAUGUAACUUUUGGAUCACAUGACAAAUGUUUAUACUGUGUUUCAAGUGAAGGUGAACUUAUCUGGAAAUUACAGGUAGAUGCUGAGGUGUAUUCUUCACCAUUUCAGUGUCAUAUAAGUGGUGACAGUCAUAAUAUAAGUUGUGAUAUACCCAAUGAUAUAUACAGUAAGUGUUUAGAAAGUCAAAAUAUUGAAGGAUCAGUUGUAGAAAAUGUAAUAGAUACUAAAGAAAAUUCAGAGGUUGGUUUAAAACAUGAUCAGCCUGGAAAUAUGUCUGAAAAUGCACUUUUAGACACUAGUUGUAACAAUUAUUAUACACAGGAAUUGCAGAGCAGUGAAUCUGCAGAAAACCCAUUCAUAAGAAAAUGGGAGUGUACCAAAUCUAAAAUUCUUAAUAAGUCAGAAUCUAGUAAGAAUGGGGAUCUCAUUCAAUGCCAGGAUAAUCCUGCACUUCAUGUGGUAGUUUUUGCCUCUGCUGUUGGUACACUGUAUAUCAUACAUGCUCCUACAGGAAACAUUCUGUGUAGGAGGCAGUUAGAUGGAGAAAUAUUUUCUUCUCCUGUGAUUUAUAACAAUACUGUUAUAGUAGGCUGCAGAAAGGAUUUUGUUUAUUGUUUUAAGAUAUCUUAGGGGCAUGAAAAGUCAGAUAAAGUCCAUCCCAUUCAGUUUUAUACUAUGCUGGAUAACCCCCUCCUUUUCUGUUUUGAUAAAUUAAAAAAAAAUGAAUUUGAAAAACACAAAUUUUGAGAUGAUGAAUCAGCAUGCCCACUCAUUUUUGUCGAGCCCACUUGCGGAAGCGAAGACAUAGUUGUCCAAAUGGCUGUUUGGUGUAUGUGCGUGCGUGCGUCCGUCCGUCCGGAUUUAUUUGUCCGGACCAUAACUUUGACAUGCAUGGAGCAAUCUUGUUUAUAUUUGGCAUGAAUGUUAACCUCAGUGAGAUGGAGUGCCGUGCGCAAACCCCAGGUUCCUAUCUCAAAGGUCAAGGUCACACUUAGAGGUCAAAGGUCAGGUACAAGAAUGACUUUGACCUGAGCAUUUCUUUUUCAUGCAUGGAGGGAUUUUGAUGUAACUUGGCACAAUUAUUCACCAUCAUGAGAUGUAGUGUCAUGCGCAAGAACCUGGAAUUACUACCCUUUGUUGUUACUUUAAAUAGCUUAUAUUGUAACUUUUUUUAUUACUGGUCGUAGGGAAAAAUCAAGACCACUUUUCUGCAGUACAACAUGCAUGUUACAUCCAAUUUUGAGGUGUUUUUUGACCUAUCUCUACUGGUAAGGAUUUUUUGUAUUGACUUCAAAUUUUUUUUUUAGAUUUACUUUCCUUUGUUGUUACUACAAAUAACUUAUAUUGUAACUUUUUGCAAUCUUUUUUUUAUUUGGCAUAAAUGUGUGCCUCAAUGAGACAGAGUGUCGUGUGCAACUCCCAGUCCUUUUGACAGCUGACGGGCUCGACAUGUUGUCCGUGGGCAUCUAGUUAAAGUUAAGGGUACAUGUACCACCUGCUUUUGCAAAAUAGGGGUACACUUCAAAAUUUGGGGGUACACUACAUGGCAGAUCUGACAUUUUUCUAUUUAACUUCUGAAAUUUGUAUAUGCAUGUUUUUAUUCAUGCAGAACUCUCGUGGGUGGGGUAUAACAGAUGAGAUAAUUUUAGAAAAUUUAAAAUGUUUUUCCAAAGUUAAGAUAGGAAAUUCUGAAUCAAAGGACCCCUCCCUAUAUUAUACUAAAUAUAAAUAAGUUUUCAGCAAGGUUCAUGUAUUCCCGAUUUCGUAAACGGAACACGAUUCGUCCGAAAUAACAUACAAUCUGACAACUGAAGUCUGGUAAAAAUCGCCAAUCAAUAAUAAAUGCCCAAACUAUUACAGAUAUGCAAUGUGUAUCAAAAUUGCAGUUAAAUAUCAAAAAAAUAAAAUAUUGUUAACCUUUUGCUGAGUUUAUAAAAACUAAAAUGCCUUUUUGCAUUUCGUAUCCAUACUUUCUUUGCACACAACCCGUGUGACGUCUGACUAAAGCACUUACCAAUUCCCUCUCUGGGGCUGAUAAUUACGCCGAGAAUUCGGUGAUGGAAACAAAAUUAUCACGUCCCUGGACCAGAUCUGUGUUUUAGACCAUACCAAACAAGUGGCAAAUGUGCGCGAUGAAAUAAACACCGAUUUGGCAGCUGAACAGGAGUUCCGAAUCUCUGCGUGCAUGUACCCCCAACCCAACAAGUGAUUUUUAUGCGUGCAUUUGAUAUUUUGUGCGUGAUUCACGUACUACAGUGCGUGAAUGGGCAUGCUGAUGAAUAUAAAUUUUUUAAUUAAAUGAGGUAGAAAAUUGUAGGUGGGUGACUUCGUAAAUAUUCAAGAAAAAGUUUGUCUUUGGCAAUCUUAAGUCAUGAGUUGUGGUAUGAAUUGUGUAAAAUAGAACGUGUACUAGUA